AUGCACACCAAGAACUUCUAUAUAAUCAAGUCCCCUCUACCAUCUUCCUUACCCAUCCCCCACCCACUUGAAGUGCUCAAGUUUGGAAGAAAUUGAGAGAGAGAGAGAGAUAGAAGAAAACAUGAUUAAGUUGAGAGCAAAGAGGUUUUGCAGGAGCAACUCCAAGCUCAAUGGUAAUGGUGGUGGUGGUGGCAGAGGGGAGACCGCCGGCAGAGGAUGUGGGGGUGGUGGUGUUAGUGGGGAGAUCAAGUGGGAGCUCCGACCAGGAGGGCUUCUUGUCCAAAAGAGAGAUAAUGGAAAUAUUGUGGGAGAAGGGAUGAUCACACUCAGAGUCUCCACUGUUACACAAUGGCAUGACAUCUCCAUCCAGCCCACUUCUACUUUUGGAGAAUUAAAGAUGAUAUUGUCUGUGGUGACUGGUUUGGAGGCAAGAGAACAGAGAGUUUUGUACAAAGGGAAAGAAAGAGAAGAUGAGGAGUUCUUACACAUGGUUGGGGUGAAAGACAUGGACAAGGUAUUGGUGUUAGAGGAUCCAGCCAUUAAAGAGAGGAAAUUAUUACAUGCACUGUCCAGCAAUCGCAACCAGGCCAUUGAUCACAACCCUCACCUGCAUACCAUCAGUGUAUAAUUAAGCAUAGACUCAAGUACUGUACUCAACACAUCCUUGUUUAAUACGCAACUUUUUCUUGAACUAACCACUUAAGGACAUCCAUAACAAUUAAUUAUUGUUAUGGAUCAGAUCAGGCUUUAGCUCUUAGCCUUGAUUGAUGUAUUUUCCUUUUACUACUCAGUUAAUUGGAAAUUGUAAUCUCUCACUUGUCUCAA